ACGAAGAUUAUUCGGGAACAUUAUUAUGAACUUACAAAGAAUUUACACUUCCUGUCGAGGGAUUUGUAUUCACUGGCGAUCCUGCAAAAAGAUCUUUCUUGGAGAUUCAGAAGAAGGAAUUGGUCUCUUUAACCACCAAAUCUUAUUGGUUCUAUCGGUUUUGAGAUUGGAUUUGCAAUCGACUUAAUUCAUUAUUUCAACGGAAAAAUAAACAGAAUCGGUACGGAAGAACAGAAAUGAUGGAAAUAUUGAUGAAAGCGGACGAACGAGGAACGGAUGCUCCAAAAAGUGACUUGAAAUUUGGCACAUCGACCGAAUAUGUGCAAAAUGAUACCUCAUCUUCUGUUGAAAAUGUCGACAAAUUAACGACUGUUCAGAAAUUUUACGAUGGUCAAAAUAUUUUUAUAACAGGUGGAACAGGUUUUAUGGGGAAAUUAUUGAUUGAAAAAUUAUUGAGAGGAUGCCCUGGUAUCAAUUGCAUAUACGUUUUGAUACGAAAGAAAAAAGAGAAAAACGUUCUUCAACGCAAGGAAGAACUUAUCAAUGAUAUGGUAUUUUCCGUACUGAGGAAGGAGCAACCAGAAUUCCAAAAGCGCAUAGUCGCGAUCGAGGGAGACUGUAGUUUGCCGAAUCUCGGUAUUUCGAUAGCCGAUAGAACUACACUUAUCGGAGAAGUCUCUAUUGUUUUUCAUUCUGCAGCUACAGUGAGGUUCAACGAAAAAAUUAAAUUCGCGGGAGCUAUUAACGUUCGAAGUCUAAAGGAGAUGAUACACUUGUCUCUAAAAAUGUCAAAACUGAAGAGUUUCGUCCACGUAUCAACGGCUUAUGCCAACUGUCCUCACAAUACGAUCGAGGAGAAGUUUUAUGAUCCACCGAUGGAUGCCAACAAGUUCAUCGAUUUGUUGGAUACUAUUGAUGAAAAAUUGCUCGACAAUAUUACACCGCAAUUGCUUGGAGAAUGGCCAAAUGUAUACGUUUAUACAAAAUCAAUAGCCGAGAAUAUCGUAAAAAAGCAUGCCGGUUUAAUGCCGAUUGGAAUAUUUCGCCCAGCGAUAGUGAUGCCCACGCAUAGAGAACCUAUUUGUGGAUGGAUCGAUAACAUACAUGGGCUAGUGAGAGUUACAGCAGGUGGUGCAAUGGGAUUAAUGCGAACUAAUUAUUGCGAUAAAUCGGUUAAUGUGGAGAUAGUACCCGGAGAUCUGACGAUUAAUGCGCUAAUCGUCAGUGCUUGGGAUAUAGCAAAUAAUCGAAGAUUCAACGAAGACAUACCUAUUUAUAAUUACGUGUCUAAAGAAAAUCCAAUUAAUUUCGAGGAAAUAACAAAAUUGUCGAAAAAGUACACGCUAUUAUUACCGACGAACAAUGCUAUUUGGUACUGCAGCUUUACGAAUAUUAAAUAUCGCCCAAUCUAUCUACUCUAUAUGUGCUUUCUACAUCUACUACCAGCUCUUAUCGUCGAUACGAUCGCAUUUUGCAUAGGUAAAAAGCCAAGGUUACUGAAAAUUUAUAAUAAAAUUCACACAGUGUCAAAUAUAUCUGUUUAUUUCACUACUAAGGAAUGGGUUUUUAUUAAUAAAAGAUGGAACGAAUUGUUAAACAAAGUAACGGCAAAAGACCGUGAAUUGUUCUUCUGUGAUAUGAAAGACCUCGUUUGGGAAACUUACUUUCAAAGUUAUAUUCUAGGAAUAAGAACAUAUAUCAUAAAGGAUCCCAUUGAAACGCUUCCUCAAGCUCGCUUAAAAUUCCGAAGGCUUUACUGGAUGCAUCAAGCAUUGAAACUUGUUAUCGCCUGUGUAUUGCUCAUGAUCACGUGGGCUAUGUUUUCCAGACUCUUAUAACUUUCGAAUAUGCGUAAAAAUAUUAAGUAACGUUGAUGAGGGUAAGAAUACAAUUCAGGGAAUCUUUUUGUUAAAGUUGAUAUGUCUAUAGUGUAAUCAUACUUGUGCAAAUAAUAUUAAGAUUUUUCUUGCAUAGUUUUUCAUAUAAAUUUUAUACUUUGCGCCUGAAGGUAGGCUUCGCUCUAUACUUCUGCGAUAUUAUUUGGUUUAAGCGGAUUUUAUCAGUAAUGCGGAUUGCAAAUCAAUAUUACAUAAAAAUGUUUCUUAUUGAAAAAUUAUGUUACUAACUAUAUUUAUAUAAAUAAUUAAUUAAAA